AUGCCCGGAUGGACAGCCAUCCCGAAUGAACUCCUCGAUAGCAUCUUCUACCUCGUCUAUCAACACGACAAAUCAUGUUUUCUCAAGGCGAGCCAGACGUGCCGGCGAUGGCGUGAGACGGCGUCCUCUGUGCUCAUGGCGGCGCAACGCAAAGCCCACACGGACUGCACGUUUCCCGUGAAUUUCACUACGUUUCGUAAUCAGCAGAUGAUAGACUACCUCCGGAGCCGCGGCCUGUCUGCCAGUUGGCUCCAUUUUGUCACGACAGAGGUGAAGCUCCCACUUGCCCACUAUCGCUUGCUCCAGCCGAAUUGCCAUAUUCUUAAUUCGUUUACCUGCUUCUAUCUUGCCGAGUACGGCCCGAACUACCUUUUCUGGCCGGAUAUGAAAAAUCUAUGCAGCUCACUCAACGUGACAAAUAACGGCGAGUACGUGAUGGUUUCCUUUGAAACGUCCGCCCGCACGUGCUCCUUCACGAAGUUCUCCACCCCGGACGAGGCCUUGGUAUAUCCGCGCGACAGCGAGAGCCAGACGUUCCGCGAGAACGAUGCGAUUCUCCCAUGGUCAAACGAGCAGUUGCUCCAGCACCGGGCCGUCUUGUUUCCGGAUAUUCCCACCUUGGUAAAUAAGAAGUACCGCCUCUGUCUCUACAAGAUCUCUCACUACACGAAUAAGGCUGACUACUGCCAGCGGCAGACGCUGAUCUAUCGCAACCCCAUCCAGGGCUUUAUGUCUUUCAACCAGCCCGUCACCCACGCGUUCAUGUCGUCGGACAACAAGCACCUCGCCGUCGCCUUUUACGGUUUGGUGCACGUCUAUCGCCUUAACUACACGACCAUGGGCGCUUCCCCAAUUAUCUUUUCGCGGCAGUAUCCGUCAGAAAUCAAGUAUUUGGGGCUCUCCGCGCACGCAGAGAUCUUGUUCAUCCAGUCGAUGCGCAUUGGCGGGUUGCUUAUGAUCAAUCUCGAGACAAAGGAGGAGGUUGACUUUCCACACUAUCGAUUGGACUUGACGAUGAAUCUCCAGAACGAUUUUAACUUGACAAUUUCCGGAUUUAACGAGACGUAUGUGUAUGGCAUGCCCACCAGGAUUCGGUUGGACUCUUCGCCAAGGCCGGUAGAUGAGACUCCAAGGGAGGGUGAAGGCAGAAGUGGAAUAUUCAGGAAGGGUGAGGCCAGAGAUGGAAUAUCUAAAAUUCCCGAACGAGCCCUGAAGCGUCACUGUGGAUGCAUCUCGGGGACUCUUCCUAACCCUGUUAAAAGCAUCUGGGACUACUUCAAACGGACAAUUGAAAUAGACUACUCCGCCUGGGGCUCGCAACUCCACCGACUAGAGGGUCCCGGCACGUUCAUCGGGAUAGACGUUAAGCCAGAGGAGGAUGACUUUUCUGGCUCGCUAACCAUCCUCUUGUAUCUUCACCGCCGGUUCCUCAAGGGCCUCAACUUUGAUUACUACAUCCAAGACUUCAUGCGGGGCUGGUACGACGAAGGAAACGAAGAUGACGAAGCAGAGAAAGAUGAGGCGUUUGACGAUAGGGACGAGGAAGAAGAUGGUGAAGAGGACGAGCACGUCACCAUCCCCUUGUUCAGUCUUGUUCCUUCCCAGAAUGACCCGAUUUUCACAGUGUGUCCGUCUGGAAGGAGGGUCGCCAUAGCUUCCAACACGCAGUUGUUCAUCCUCAACACAUCCUGGGAAGCUUCGCUUUUGCUCUACUCGUACUACCAGCGGGGCUCUGGCGCAAAUCUCCCGAUCCACACGUAUGGCCCGGGAGUGGGACUCAACACGGUCACACCGGAAAAUGACUACUUUUGUUUCCACGAACGGAUUGAUUUUCUCAAAUUUUUGCCCGACUUGGGCCAGCAGGCUGGGAAUAAGCGGUAUAUCGAUGAAAUCAAGUUUGUGAGCGAUACCAAAUUGGUGUUGUACUACCAGGAUCGGUGCUUUGUGUACGACUUUAGUAACAAAUAUUUGUCCAACCCCAGCCGUGAUGGAAUGGCUAACCUCACGCAAAUCGUGUACUUUGAAGACUCUUCACACGUGCUCAACCUCAACUACGACGACCUCUACCUCUCAAAGGAUAACGGUGCCACCUGGAAGCCCGUCAAGAACUUCCAGGACAAGGCCGUCUCCCUCUAUGCGGAUCCGUUUAAGCUGACGCGCGCGUUCACCUUCACGAGCAGCAACCACCAGUUCGUGUCCAACGACCGCGGUGAGUCGUGGAAAAAGUUCGACUGGAAGCUCCCGACCAUAUCCAAAAUUCUCCAGCCGAUAGUGAACGCCCAAAACCCCGAUCUUAUUCUUUUUCCUGUCUACACAUGCCCAGAUGGUGACUGCCGCACACAGUACUACUACACGGCUGACGGGCUUGCAUCCGCACCGCGGCUUAUGCUCGACACGCCUGAGAUCAAAAAGUGCACGUUCGUACAGGCCACACGCGCGUUCACGAGCGGGCCCACCACGCGUAUCAUGUGUGUGGAGCACAUGAUUGUCCGGGGAAAGCGCAACUCGCACGUCACUUACUCUGACGACUGGUAUAAGACCAAUCAUAGAAUCGCGGGGCUUGCUCUCCGUAACGAAACCCGCAUUCGGAUCGAAGAUAUCACUAUUGUCCAGUCAUUUGCGAUCAUCCAGGCGGUGAACAUCCGUCUGUCGCAGGAGUUUCUCUUUGUCUCCACCGACGGGAGAGAAUUCCGUGAGAUCUGGUUCCACGCGGAGCUCAAAUCCGGGAUGUUUGAGUUUCUCGCAUCGACUUCAUCGUCGCUCCACGUUGCAGUCCACGGCUACGAUUCUUCGCUCAAGGAAAACACCAAGAUCAGUGCGACCGACCUCUAUGCCUCAGACUCCUCCGGUUUACAGUUUACAAAGAUCCAGUCGGCUGUGAAGGGGGAAUAUCUCGGUUUGUAUCAGAUCCAGAAGGUUUCCAAAGUGGACGGGGUCUGGAUUUCCUCCAUCAGCAAGGGCUUCAACUACGACACCGGGUUGCCCAAGUACCGGUCGAUGAUUACGCUCGACGAUGGCCGUACCUGGAACUACCUCAAGGUGGAUGAAUGUGGUGACAAGCCGCUUGACGAGUGCCAUUUAAGUUUGGGAAUUACUGCAUUGUUCGACAACGACAAGAUCGACGCGACGGGUCCGACCCCGGGGAUUGUCAUGGGCAUCGGGCAUCUUGGCGAAAUGACCGCUGGGAGCUACGAAGGAAGCACGUACGUGUCGCGCGAUGCAGGUGUGACGUGGAAGUUUGCACUUAAAGAGCCGUGCGCGUUCAACUUCGGUGACCAGGGAAACGUGAUUGUCGCGGUGCCGAUGAUCUCCCAUGUGGAUGGCGUUGACUACGCGUACUACUCGUUCGACCAGGGCGAUUCGUGGGAGAAGUUUGCCCUCGGCAGAAAGAUCUCCCCGACGUCGUUACUCACAACGCCAGACGGUUCCUCCGCCAAGUUCAUCCUUACAGGGUUCACCGACAAGACAAACUUCAGGAAAGAGACGAUCGAGGAGCUCGUGCUCUCACUUGAUUUCUCACGCGCGUUCGGUAAGUGCGGCACGAAUGACAUGGAGCUCUGGCACACGCGUGUCGAUGCAAACGGCGCUCAGGGCUGCAUCCUUGGGCACCAGGAGCUGUUCCAGCGGCGCAAGCAGCACGCGAAAUGUUUCGUGAACAAAUUGUACGAGGACGUAAAGCCGAUUGAAAAGAAGUGCCAGUGUGUGCUCGAGGACUUUGAGUGUGCGUACGGCUUCAUCAAGGACCACCGUGGCGAGUGCGCAAUCGAGCCGGCUGCUUUGAAGGAGUUAUGCAAGGGGGGGGACGAGUAUGUUUCACCUAAGAGCAUGCGCCUCAUUCCCGGAAACUUGUGCGAAGGUGGCGAGGACGAGUUUGUGCGCGAGAUGCGCAUCCACUGCGGCCAGGUUGACGAGAUAGUGAACGGCAGUCAGAUCAAAACGCACAUGAGCGUACUACCGGAUGCGGUUGCGGAAUACCGCUACCUUGACAAGAUAGAGGGCGAAAAGCACGAGACAGUGAUUGUGCGGACGAAGAAGCACGCGAUUUACAUUUCCCAGGACAGCGGCCAGACGUUUGAGCGGCUUGAGGACAGCGAGGACGAGGAAUUCCUUGCAAUCUACACGAACAAGGACCAUCCGCGCCACGUGUAUUUAAUCACCGGGGGCAGUCACGUGUAUGUUUCGCACCGUGCGGGGAGGCACUUCAGGAAAAUUAAGACCCCGGGCCCCCCAAACACAAUGGGCGUGCCUGUGCUUACGUUCGACAAGAAUGACAGAGACUUGUUUAUUUGGUACACGGACUGCGAGUCUGGCGAAUGCGUGGACGCGCACCACACACGUGACGGUGGGGAGUCGUUCGCGCUUUUGCGCGCGGGCACGCGUUCUUGCUCGUACGUGGGAUCGCGUCUUAACCCGCGGACGGUGCGUGAAGCGGACGUGAUUUUCUGUGAGGAGCCAACCGGGCAGUAUCUCCGUAUCAUCUCCUCGACCGAUUUAUUCGAGACAUCCACCACCGUGUUUGAGAAGGCAAUCGGGAUGACCAUGACGGGUGAGUUCUUUGUAGUUGCGGAGGUACUUGAAGAGAAGGGUGUGUCGCAGUUGCGUUCGCACACUAGCGUUGACGGUGUACUGUUUGCCCGCGCAUUGUUUCCGCACGACUUUGAGGUUGCGUCGCAGCAGGCGUUCACGUAUAUUGAUUCAACUUCGCGCGCAAUCUUCAUGCACGUGACAACGAGUGCGAAGGCAGGCGCGGAGUUUGGCACGCUCCUCAAGCUGAACUCCAACGGGACGUCGUAUGUGGUUGCCGCACGUGAUGUUAACCGUGACGCGCUGGGUUAUGUCGACUACGAGCGCAUUCAGAGCCUUGAGGGCAUCUCUGUGCUCAACACCGUUGUGAAUCCGAAGGGCAUUACCGGAAAGGACGGUAAGAAGAUUAAAACUGUCAUCACCUACAACGACGGUGGCGAGUGGUUUGAGUUAGUGCCCCCACCGAUUGAUUCUGAGGGAAAGAAGUACGCGUGUGCGGGGAGCUCGCUCGAGGAAUGCUCGCUCAAUCUCCAUGGGUUCACUGAGCGUGUGGACGCGCGCGACACGUAUCUGUCUGGUUCAGCUAUCGGAAUCCUCAUGGCCACUGGGAACGUUGGCAAGCAUUUGUCCGCAAAGGAGGACGCGUCGACGUUCCUCACGCGUGACGGGGGUGUCACGUGGCGCGAAAUCCACAAGGGCACCUACAUGUGGGAGUACGGCGACCAGGGCACGAUUCUCGUGUUGGUGAAUGAUAAGGACCUGACAAAUGAGUUGUUGUACUCGCUCGAUGAAGGAGAGACGUUCCAGACGUUCCAAUUUUCUGACUCAAAGGUGAGCGUGCUUGACAUUGCGACCGCGCCGUCUGACACAUCCAUGAACUUUCUUCUCUUUGCGCGCAGCUCCAUGGAGUCGGGCCAAAAGACGCUCACGUUCGCGCUCGACUUCCAGCUCGUGUACGGCAGACCAUGUGUGUUGGACUUGGAGCAUCCGGACCGCGACGACUUUGAGUACUGGACUCCAAAGCAUCCGUUCUCGGCCGACAAGUGCUUGUUUGGGCACGAGGCGCGCUACCUCCGUCGCGCAACCACCGCACAUGACUGUUACGUAGGUUCGGCGCCUGUGCGUGACGCGUACAAGGUGAUCCGCAACUGCCCGUGUACGCGCGCGGACUACGAGUGCGACUACAACUAUGUGCGCGACACUGACGGCACGUGUAAGCUCGUUGCGGGGCUCGCUCCGCCAGAUCACUCGGAAACGUGUCAAGUGGAUAAGAACGUGUUUGAGUACUUUGAGCCAACAGGGUAUCGCCGAAUUCCCCUUUCCACGUGUGUGGGAGGCAAGGAGUUUGAUAAGGCUGAGGCAAAGAUGUGCCCUGGUAAGGAGAAGGAGUUUAACAAGCACCACCGUCCGGGUUGGUUUGGGAUCUUACUUGUGUUUGUUGUGCCGGUUACGGUGUUUUUUGCCGCCAUUUGGAUCGUUUACGAUAAGGGGAUUCGCCGCAACGGUGGAUUUGCGCGGUUUGGUGCUAUCAGGCUCGGGGAGGAUGACGAUUUGCAGUUGGUUGAAAACAAUAUUGGGGAUAAGGUGAUCAAUGCGGUGGUGACUGCGGGGGUGAUGUUGUUUGCGGGCAUAGCGUAUGUUUAUAAGAGUCGCGGAUUUGUUGACGGCUGGGUCCUUACGCAGUUCCGGUCCGCCAUGGACCGCAGAAGUCACAAUCGGAGGUAUGUGGCCGUUCCAGAGGACUCUGAGGAUGAAUUUUUAGCGUUUAGUGAUGGGCUCAGCGAGGAUGACGCGGAAGAGCUUAACUAG